CGACGAAAAGCAAAAUGGUGGCUGUACGACGGGGGAAGUUGUUCGUUCGAGGCAAAGAUGCUUUCUACGUUGCGUUACAACGUGAGAAGGACACUUCGAAUAUGUUACCAUAAAUUGCCUGGAAAGGCUCUCCAAGAAUUUCGACUUUUACCGCUGUUCUUCCUAAUGGGUGCUGGCCUGGAGUAUACUAUGAUACAUUGGCACGUUGGAGAGGUUAACUUUUACAAUACGUACAAGAAAAGGAAAGUAGAAGAGGCGCUCGAAGAAAGAUUACGUGAAAUGGGAACAAAGUCCGUGUAAUAUAGAGGCUCGUCGACGACUUGUAUAAUUUAAGUUUAAGUUAGAUGGCUGUAGGGGUAAUACGAAAAUGUAAAUUUUUGUAGAUCGAAAGAGUGAGAAACUCGUAAUAAAUGAAAUUUCAAGAAGAUGUAUAAAU